AUGCCUCACUCGGUGCCUGUCCCCCCAACGGGCUUCCAAAGUAUUGUACUUUGUGGCCCUGGUGUCUCCCUCAACACAUUUACCUCCAACCCUGAAGAGUACCCAAAAUGUCUUCUUCCGAUCGCAAAUCGACCCAUGAUAUACUAUGUUCUGGACUUCUGUCGACGAAUGGGCAUCACUGAUGUCACACUGGUCACCCCUCCCUCCUCUCUUGUGCCUCUCCAAGCAGCUCUCCGUCAAAAUCCCCACCUCACCUCCCUCCCCACACCAUCAGUCAUUGCACCAAAGGAACUCGAAAUGACGACUGGUACAGCGGAGCUGCUCCGCCUGCCAGAGGUGCAGAACUGCAUCAAGUCCGACUUCCUACUCCUCCCGUGCGAUCUCGUCUGUGAUCUUCCCGGUGAGUCUCUACUUGAGGCGUGGAUGGUCUCCGGAGGUGAGAAGGGCCGCCGCAGCGGCCUCAGCAUGUACUAUCAAACGAAGGAUCGCGAGGAGAGCGUCAAGGGCGAGGCUACCGACUUCGUGGCUGUCGCGCCACUCGAAACAUCCGAGGCACCGGUUGUGUCCCUCUCUGAGCUCCGUGCCCAGCUCUCAAAGGUUGUCCUCUCCAUGCCUAUGGACACCCUGAAGGAAAAGAUGGAGAACGAUAAGGGUUUCCUCAUGCGUCAUUCCCUGGUGGACAAGCAUGCGCACGUUAAGAUGCUGACUAGCUUCCGCGAUGCGCAUAUCUACAUUCUUCCGAAAUGGGUUAAAGACAUGGCCCGUUUGAAUGAACAAUUCCAGUCUGUCAGUGAGGACUUGAUUGGAUGGUGGGCCAAGUCGGAGUGGCAACGAGGCCUUAGCGAAAAGCUCAAGAUCAACGAGAUCUUCGAGCGCAAGAGCCGAAGCCACUCUGUUGACGAAGAUGUCAGCCACGAUGGUGAAUCCCUCGACGGCGAGGGUGCAUUGGAGGAAGAGAUCAAUCUCCCCGGCAUGAGCACUACAAAGGCCACUUCGGCACCCAAGUCCCAGAUUGAAGAGUCCGCGGAGACCCCGGAUCUACCACCCCUGUUCGCCUACGUGCAGAGGGGUACAUCACCAUUCGUUCGCCGAGUCGACUCUUCUGCUCUGCUGCUCUCCACCUCCCUUCGUCUAGCUAAGUUGGAGUCUAUCGAAGAGGUUGGCCGGGUUGAAGCAUCUGCGUUCGCUCACUCUUCCAAGAUCGCUUACCCACAGGGUGUGGCGCAACGGUGCACUGUGACGAAGAACGACUGCCUCCUCGAUAGCAACACCACCGUCGAGGAGAAGUGUGUAAUCAAGGAGAGCUGCAUCGGCGCCAAUGUCCACAUUGCGAGCGGUGCGCGAUUGACCCGAUGCCUGGUCAUGGAUGGCGCAGUCAUUGGCUCUCGCGCACAACUUACUGGCUGCAUUGUUGGGCGGCGGAGUAAGAUUGGUCGUGAAUCCGUGCUCAAGGAUUGCGAGAUCCAGGAUGGAAACGUGGUCCCCGAUGAUACGGACGCCAAGAACGAGAAGUUCAUGGUCUUCGAGGGUCUUGAUGAUGAUAUGGAGGAAUCCGAUGAUAUGGACCUCUGA